CCCGCUCCGCCGCCAUGGGCCGCGGGGCCGCCCCGCUCCGCCGCCUGCUGCUCUCCCUGCUGCUGCUGCCCGCCGCGGGGACGGGCGCGCCCGGAGCCUCCUUAACGCUGGGGGAACCGGAGACGGCGGAGGAGCUGAUGGAGUACCGCGACCCUUGCAAAGCCGCUGCCUUUUGGGGAGAUAUCGCUUUAGAUGAAGAUGAUCUGAAGUUGUUUCAGAUAGACACAACUGUUGACUUAACAAAGCACUCAGAUGGCAACGCAAGACACACUUCAGGAGGCCUGGGAGAAGAGGUGUCAAAUGAAAAUGCCACUUCAACCAACCACAGUGACAAAGCAGUUAUAAAGGACGGCAGGCAGAACACAACGCUCACAAGGAGCCCAAAGGGGAAGGAAUCCGAAGAUGAGUCUGGGAUGGAUGCACACUCCUCUCCCAGAGUGCGCAGGGCAACCACGUCCAGGGCGGAGAGGAUCUGGCCAGGGGGGGUCAUCCCCUAUGUGAUCGGAGGAAAUUUCACUGGAACCCAAAGAGCUAUCUUUAAGCAAGCAAUGAGGCACUGGGAGAAGCACACUUGUGUGACCUUUGUGGAGAGAACUGAUGAAGAGAGCUUCAUUGUGUUCACGUACAGAACGUGUGGGUGUUGCUCCUACGUGGGUCGCCGAGGAGGGGGCCCUCAGGCUAUAUCCAUUGGAAAGAACUGUGACAAGUUUGGUAUUGUGGCUCAUGAGCUGGGUCAUGUGGUGGGUUUCUGGCAUGAGCACACACGGCCUGACAGGGACCAGCAUGUCACUAUCAUCAGAGAGAACAUACAGCAAGGUCAGGAGUACAACUUUUUAAAGAUGGAAGCUGGGGAAGUGAACUCACUUGGAGAGACCUAUGACUUUGACAGCAUCAUGCACUAUGCUAGGAACACAUUCUCCAGAGGCGUUUUCCUCGACACCAUCCUUCCCCGCCGUGAUGACAAUGGGGUCCGGCCAACUAUUGGUCAGCGCGUUCGCCUGAGCCAGGGAGACAUCGCUCAGGCAAGGAAGCUGUACAAAUGCCCAGCUUGUGGAGAGACCUUGCAAGAUUCAACAGGUAAUUUCUCAGCCCCUGGCUUUCCAAAUGGCUACCCCUCCUAUUCCCACUGUGUCUGGAGGAUCUCGGUGACCCCAGGGGAGAAGAUUAUGUUGAAUUUCACAUCGAUGGACUUAUUUAAAAGUCGCCUUUGCUGGUAUGAUUAUGUGGAGGUGCGUGAUGGCUACUGGAGGAAGGCUCCGUUAUUGGGUAGAUUUUGUGGUGACAAGAUUCCUGAACCAGUAAUCUCCACGGACAGCAGGCUGUGGAUCGAGUUCCGGAGCAGCAGUAACAUCCUGGGCAAAGGCUUCUUUGUGGUCUAUGAAGCUAUUUGCGGUGGAGAAAUACACAAAGAUGCUGGCCAGAUCCAGUCUCCCAAUUACCCAGAUGACUACAGACCUUCCAAAGAGUGUAUCUGGAAGAUCACAGUUUCUGAGGGUUUUCACAUAGGAAUCACAUUCCAAGCCUUUGAGAUUGAGUGGCACGAUGCGUGCUCUUACGACUACCUGGAGAUCCGAGAUGGCCUCACUGAACAGAGCCCACUCAUCGGCCACUUCUGUGGCUACGAGAAGCCAGAAGACAUCAAGUCCAGUUCAAACAAAGUAUGGAUGAAGUUUGCAUCUGAUGCAACCAUCAAUAAAGCAGGCUUUGCAGCAAAUUUCUUUAAAGAGAUGGAUGAAUGUUCCCUACCGGACAAUGGUGGGUGUGAGCAGCACUGUGAGAACACACUGGGCAGUUACAAAUGCACCUGUGAGCCUGGCUAUGAGCUGACAGCUGAUAAAAAGAGCUGUGAAGCUGCCUGUGGGGGCUUCAUCACCAAGCUCAAUGGGACCAUUACUAGCCCUGGAUGGCCCAAGGAAUAUCCUACUAACAAAAACUGCGUCUGGCAGGUGGUAGCUCCAGCCCAGUACCGGAUCUCUCUGCAGUUCGAAGUGUUUGAGCUGGAAGGCAAUGAUGUCUGUAAAUAUGACUAUGUUGAGGUUCGUAGUGAGCUGGCUUCUGAUUCCAAGCUACAUGGCAAAUUUUGUGGCUCAGAGAAGCCUGAGGUAAUCACGUCAUACGGCAACAACAUGAGACUGGAGUUCAAAUCCGACAACACUGUCUCCAAGAAAGGCUUUAAAGUUCACUACUUUGCUGACAAGGAUGAAUGCUCCAAAGACAAUGGUGGUUGCCAGCACGAAUGUAUCAACACCUUUGGGAGCUAUAUGUGCCAGUGCAGAAAUGGCUUUGUGCUGCAUGAAAACGGCCAUGACUGUAAAGAAGCUGGUUGUGAGCACAAGCUGAGUGGUGCAGAGGGAACGAUGAGCAGUCCCAACUGGCCUGACAAGUAUCCCAGCCGGAAAGAGUGCACCUGGGACAUCUCUGCAACACCUGGCCACCGAGUGAAAGUAACCUUCAAUGAGUUUGAGAUUGAGCAGCACCAAGAAUGUGCCUAUGACCACUUAGAAAUGUAUGAUGGGCCCAACAGCAAGUCACCUGUCCUUGGCCGCUUCUGUGGCAGCAAGAAACCAGACCCUGUAGUGGCUUCUACCAACAAGAUGUUCCUUAGGUUUUACUCUGAUGCUUCUGUGCAAAGGAGAGGUUUCCAGGCAAAGCACAGCACAGAGUGCGGUGGGCUCUUAAAGGCUGAAGUACAAGCUAAGGAUCUAUAUUCCCAUGCUCAGUUUGGGGACAACAACUACCCAGGUCAAGCCAACUGUGAAUGGGUGAUUGUAGCUGAAGAUGGCUAUGGGGUGGAGCUAAUAUUCCAGAUAUUCGAGAUAGAAGAGGAGGCUGACUGUGGGUACGACUACAUGGAGAUUUACGAUGGGUACGACAGCACUGCACCUCGUCUGGGACGCUUCUGUGGCUCGGGGCCUCUGGAAGAAAUCUACUCUGCAGGGGAUUCCAUUAUGAUUCGAUUCCAUACAGAUGACACCAUCAACAAGAAAGGAUUUCAUGCCCAAUACAUAAGUACCAAAUUUCAGGAUGCAUUGCACAUGAGAAAAUAGCUUGACUCCUCCUCACAGAUAUUCCCCAUUUGAAGAUUGAGACAUUUAACUGUGAUCUUUGUCUUUUUUUUUAAAGCUUCUGUGCACUUGGCCAAAAGCAGUGUACAUUAUUUUCUGUAACUAAAACUAAAUCCAGUCUCAAAGGUUUGCCUCUGCAAUUAUUAGCAUGACCCUUUCUUGUUAACCUACCCAGGACCAAAAAAAUUGUCUUUUAAUCAUACCUGCCAGGACAUAAGCGUUGUAUUUUGCACAACUUGCCAUGGGGCUGAAUGAAGACUGAACUUGAAUUGAGAAUAGCCUUCGUCUCUUGCAUAUCUUGUUUCUAGGUGACAUUUCCCAAGCAUCCACAUGAGCUGUCUGAACAUAUUUUCUGGAGCAAGUGUUUUGGACAGCCAUCCAGUAGGCUUUUUUCAAAGGACUUUGUGAGCCACCUGCUCUCCCCUAUCUGCCCCAACUACUCUGUGCAAUAAGAGAACAACCAGAUGGCUGUGCCUGCAUCACUCUUUCUGUCCUGUCUAUUAUUGUCUUGCUUAUUAUUGAGUGGAGAGCCAGGCAGGGGACAGGGACAGUCUCUUCUAGCUACUUAGAUUCCAGGGAAUGAGGAGGACUCAGUAUUUGGUUUGUAGUAAUUAUCAUGGUAUAUGUUGAAUGGAAGUACUUCAAUGCAGUGCCCAAGGCAAUUCUGUGGUGGGAUGCAAGGCAAAGCUGUGUGAUGGUGGCAAAGCUUAGUAACAGGAGUGCUGACAGCAUGCUCCAGUUACACCACUGUGCAAGGCAGCCCAGAGGGCUGUGGCAGCAGUCCAGGCCCUGUCUUAAAUAAGGAAUCUAUCCUUCUCACUCUACCCAUGCCUGCUUUCUCAGCCUUCUUUACACUGCUUCCUCUCUGUACUGCCACUUCCCUGUGAGCCCUUCCUUUUCACAGCGGAGCUGCUCUCCCCAGGGCUCCCUUCCACAACCUGGGAGUACUCUGCAACUUCAGCUGGCCAGAACAUCUCGCUGAAGAAAACACUGGGGAAGUCAGGGAAAGGCAGGAAAGUCAGUCCCUGAGGCAGAGGGACACAGGCCAUGCUACAGGUCAGCUUUGGUGAUCUCUGGGGACCUGUCAAACGUGCAAGCUGCAGGCAUGGGGCUAGGAAUGGAAGAGUUCUUCUUGUUUCUGCUUCCUACCCAUUUGUCACUGGUGCAUGGCCCAGUCUCUUAACUUCACAGCAAGGAUGCAAGUGAGAUGGUGACUUUGACUUAGAGCACUUAGAGCUACAAGGCUCAGACAUGUUCUUGUUUGCUUGUGAGAGCUACCCAGCCACAGGCUUGAAGAAUUAACCAGUAGCUUUAUGCUUCUUUCAGAAAAAAAAAAAUGGAAAAGUGUGUUUUGGGGGAACCACUGUAACUGAGCAGUUGACAUGGGAGGAAAAAAAUACUUCAUUCUGAAUGUUUCAUUAAGGCACUCAUGGGCAAUUAUGAGCUAAAAGCUGAGGUAUGUUAGCUUUAAUAAAGUAUUUAUAAUCCAAGGAUUAUUAUGUUUACAUAACCAUUGUGCUGUCAGGCUUUGGAGUGGCACCUCCUCUCUUGCGUAUGACUGUGGAGAAGUGUGGGGCCAGUGCCACUGUCUGUCACAAACAACAUUCCUGGAGAUAAGGGCUUUUUCAGAUGGAUAAUAAAUAGACUCAGCCCUCUCCAGAAAUCCUUGAAUAGAAUAUGGGCCAAGUAUUGUGAAUACUAGGAGAAGCAAAUGCAUGAAAAUAUUUUCUUGCUUAGACCAAGAAAAGUAAAGUAAUUUAUACAUACACACAGAGGAUUAUAUGUAUAUAAAAUGUGCAUGUAGAAGACCAGUAGUCAAAGCCUUAACAAGUGUAAUGUGAACAAUACUGUACCAUUGACUAUAGCUUUAUUGCAGGCUGUAUAAAAUCAUGUUAUCUCUAUUUUAGUUUUGGGGGUUUUGUUUGCAUUAUUUUAGCUCUGCUUUGUUUAGUUUUCCAAAUUUUGUGGCGUUUUUACAGGCAAGACCUCUGAUCUCAAGCUGUUCGACCAUGCAGGUCUGGGGAAGUGAGCUCUGCUAGAUGGGGUGUGCAUUUGUCCUUCUCUUCUUUGCUCCAGUUGAAGCAAAAUUACAGUAACUCAGGUCUGGACAUAAAAAUGUGACAUCAAUCCCUGUGAAACAGAACCAAAGUUUCAGGUGACAAGCAGCAGUUCAAGUUUCCUGACCUUUUAGUGGCAGCAAUGACUCUAGAGAAAAGGGACUAUAGCAGGUUCCCAUGUACAUUAACAUCUCUUUUCCAUGUUCUGGUAAUUGCCCAUACACCCUAGACUGGUUUGAUGCAGAUGCUUGCAAUGUGGUUUGACAGAUCUAUGACACUUGUUAGUGUUCAUCCAGGUGUCUUUUGUGACAGUGUGUUCACAAAUAUUGUACUGUGCAUUCCAACCAAUGACCUAUGUAGAAUAUUUCUGCUGUACUGACUGGACUUUACAGUCAAUAAUUCUAAAUGAGUGAAAUUUUCUUAAGAAAAAAAAAUGUCAAACCCUCUGAUGUAUGAAUAUGUAUUCUGGUCUUUGUGUGGUUUUACAUUUCACUAACUGAAAUAAUUUUUAAAGGGGGAGAAGAAGAAGAAGAGGGUGUGGGGACAAUCACAAAUGUACCUGUGUCCAGAACAAAUCUCUGCAUUCAUUAAAGACGGUGGAUUCAGUUGUA